CCGCGUCGUAGUUCGUUCUCAAAACCCACAAGAUAAACCUCACAGUUGCUCGUGCAUUUCAUUAUCCUCAUACGUUGCGCUCGAAAGCACUGCCCAAACAUACACAAAACUGUACAUUGAAGUAUCAGCAACAUGAGUGCGUGGGACGAUGACUGGGUGAAAAUUGCAGACAGAGAACCAGCAAAAGAUACUCAACCAGAGAAACCGAAAAAGUUGACCAAGGCCGAAAGACGCGCGCAGCAUGCCCAAUUGCAACGCGAGCUGUGGGACACAGCAGAUAACCCUGCGCCUGCUCCUAUAUUCGUGACUGCGAGGGACAACACGCCUGUUCAGGGAGAUCCGUUCAGGGCACCCAUGAAACUUCUUUCACGCAAGCCACCGCCAAAGGUGUUAUCUAAGACUGAUGUAGAAGGUCAAAUAGGGGGGCUCUCGCUCGACGACGACGAUGACAGUGAAGAGGAGGAGCGCAAGAGGGCAGACAUACUUCUGAAGGAACGACAGGCUAACGCGGCAAAAGAUCGCGAAGAAAAGAAGCGUGCGUAUGCUGAGCGCCGAGCUGAACUUGGGGUUGGCGCAUCUGUCGAAACACAAGGCCGGGCCUCCCCACAAGCAAGAUAUCAAAGCCAAAACCAAAAUCAGAGGGGCAAAGGAAAGGGCAAAGGAGGUCAGAGAAGUGGUAAUGUCACUCCUUCGUCAGGCGACCAUUCUCCUGCACGCGGUGGACCCCAAAAGUCGUCGCAGCUUUUUGAACCCGGAUAUGCGCCGAAACCGAACUCUGUAUAUAUUCAAAGAAGAGCUGGAGAGGGCAGCCAGUCGAAUUCCGAGCUUCCCAAGGAGAGUCAGAUCCUUCGGGCUCCGCGAGGCCCAGAUGGUAGCGGAAGAGGCGGAUUUGGAUUCGCUCCUAGAGGCAACAAGAGCACAGGCUCUGUGUAAGAUUCAUACAAUGUCGCCCCCUGAGCGAAUGGGGCGAGGAAGUACGUCCUUGCAGAAAGUUUCUCGAUCUGGAUUAUGCACCACAACUAGUCGGAAGACAUGGAAGUCACAGCUACGAUCCUGAGCUGCAGUCACGGCUAGCUAGGCUGAAGGACACUGCACACAUCCUGCAAAGACUCAAGACGACUCCACUUGGUGUACAGGAGUGCCAUUGUUGAAGAUCACGAACAAUGAGGAAUUGUGGAAGAGAUGGGUCGAAGUCACCCUCCAGUAUAGCACGAACUCGGCUUAUACUUCGACCACUGACAGGGAGGGACACAGAGGGGAUUCCCUGAAAGGUUGCACUGAGACCACAAUUACAGUUGGCGCGACCCCGCGAUGCUCAUCACGAUGGAGAUUGCCACUUGAAUUAUGCCCCAAGUGACGAUAUUGCUAUCUCACAGA